CAGAUUAAUCACAAGUUCACUGAGAUGGAAACGAAGUACAGAUCUGUCGACGAAACCAAAGCUCAACUCUGUGAAUUGUUGACCAGCAGAAGAGAACAAAACUGUUCCAAGGACUAUGUUACAAAUAAAGACCGGUGUUAUUACUUUUCCACGUUUGAAACAUCUUUAUACAAAGCGAUUCAAGAAUGUUCAAAACGUGAUUCAAGUCUGCUCGAAAUCAAUUCAAGGGAUGAAGCGAACUUUGUAUCCCGCAACCUUGUGAACCAAACCCAUACAUACUGGAUUGGAAAAUGCGAAAACAGGACUGCGGGCCGGAGUGUCCUGUACAAUCCGUCCUCUGGAACGCUCGUCUGCAGUCAGUGCGAAAGGGAUAACCAUUGUGAUCGUGAUUGGCGUUUUAUCUGCGAGAAGUCGACACCUUUAUUCCCGGAUGUUCCUGAAAAGAUCCAGAGUCUCUGCCAACAGCCAGUGGAGUCGACAUGAAUCAAGGCGGCCUCACCGACUGUUUGUACCACGGUAACAAGACCACCUGUAUCCUGUACUCAGUGUGACUGGUGAAGACCAGCGUGCCAAGUGUCCUGUCCACCCUAUCGGAUGUUUUCCACCGGAACCGC